AUGGGAGAAAUCAGAGUGGAUAAUUUCAGCAUUGACUAUUUCUUCAGUGGAGAUAUUGAUAGUUACAAUUAUAGCUCUGACCUGCCUCCUACUCUACCAGAUGCUGCCCCAUGCCACCCAGAGAACCUAGAAAUCAACAGAUAUGCUGUGGUUAUAAUAUAUGUCCUGGUAACCCUGCUGAGCCUUCUGGGAAACUCCCUGGUGAUGCUGGUCAUUUUAUACAACCGGAGCACCUGCUCUGUCACUGACGUCUACCUGCUGAACCUAGCCAUUGCCGACCUAUUGUUUGCCCUGACCUUGCCUGUCUGGGCUGCAUCCAAGGUAAACGGCUGGAUUUUUGGUACAGCCAUGUGCAAGAUAUUCUCAUUCGUGAAGGAAGUUACCUUCUACAGUAGUGUCCUGCUACUGGCCUGCAUCAGUAUGGACCGCUACCUGGCCAUCGUCCAUGCCACAAGCACACUGAUCCAGAAGAGACACUUGGUCAAAUUUGUAUGCAUAACCAUGUGGGUACUGUCAGUGUUGGUGUCCCUGCCCAUCCUAAUUCUACGUAAUAUCGUCAAGGCAAACUCCUUUACCCUAGUCUGCUAUGAGGACGCAGGUAAUAACACAACCAAGUGGAGGAUGGUAUUACGCUUCCUGCCUCAGACCAUCGGCUUCCUCCUGCCGCUGCUGAUCAUGCUGUUCUGCUAUGGGUCCACACUGCGCACACUCUUUAAGGCCCACAUGGGGCAGAAGCACCGGGCCAUGCGGGUCAUCUUUGCUGUUGUGCUUGUCUUCCUGCUCUGCUGGCUGCCCUACAACCUGGUCCUGUUCUCAGACACCCUUAUGAGGACCAAAAAGAUCCAGGAGACCUGCAAGCGCCGUAAUGACAUUGACAGGGCCUUGCAAGCUACUGAGAUUCUUGGCUUCCUCCACAGCUGCCUUAACCCUAUCAUCUAUGCAUUUAUUGGCCAGAAGUUUCGCUAUGGACUCCUCAAGAUCAUGGCUACUUAUGGCCUUGUCAGCAAGGAGUUCUUAGCCAAGCAAGGCAGGCCUUCCUUUGUUGGCUCUUCUUCAGGGAACACCUCCACUACCCUCUAA